UCGUGUGUUCUGAACUUCGGCUUACUCAAUUUGAAACGAUAUGUCACCUUGGAACAAGGAACAUUGUCAGAAAAAUAGGGGAGUGUCUGGCAAUUAAAAGUUUCUUUUUUUAAAGCAACUAUCAUCUCCAGGCAAUCUAUCUACUUGUUAUAACACGUUAUGUCGACAUUGAAACACACCGUAGUUCUUUUUUUUUUCUUCCUUUGUUAAAAAAAAUGGAUAAUUACUUGUAAAGGUAUUGGUAUGUUCGAUCUGACAGAAGAAACAUGGCGGCGACAGUUUUGGGGUGCAGAACUCCUGGCCUCAUUCAUUUUGUGAUAUUUUCCUGGUAUGUUUUCACGGUUUGGCACAACGUUUCUAUCACAGCCUCGGGUAGGCAUCCUGGGACACAGUCGUACGGCGGAAGAUGGAAGUAUCUGACGUUUCUUGAUCUGUUCCUGCAGACAGUGUUCUUUGGUCUCUGCUUCCUGACUGAUGUGACCCGUCACUUCUUUCCAAAAUUGGGCCGCGGGGGGCCCGCAUCUUUCCUCACAGAUUUGCGGGACACCAUCCUGGCAGUGCUGGCAUUCCCAGUGGGCUCCUUUGUGGUCCUGUCCUUCUGGCUGCUCUAUGCCUAUGACCGGGAGCUGGUCUAUCCCAGAUUCCUUGACGACAUCAUCCCUCAGUGGCUAAAUCAUGCCAUGCACACUGUAAUCCUGCCCUUGCUCCUUGUGGAGCUCUACAUCAUACCUCAUCGCUUCCCUAGCCGGAAGAAAGGCAUCCUGGGACUGACCUUGUUUUCUGGACUCUAUAUGGCCUGGGUGUUUUGGAUUCACCACGUCUCUGGAGUCUGGGUGUAUCCCAUCCUCGGAUUCCUAAGCCCACUGGGACGGGGUAUCUUCCUGGCAGCCGCCUCCCUAACCAUGGUUCCCUUGUACUUCCUGGGAGAGAAACUCAACACACUGCUAUGGGGACAGCUGAAGAAGAAGAAAAAUAAGUAAGGCUGUUUCUUUGUCCCAGAGAGCUGCUGGUUUCAGAAGAUUGACUUCAGGCUGCACUGAUCCUGUGCUGGGAUCUGAAGCUCACUGGCACGCAGGACUGUGAAUCCUUGCAUGAACUGAGGAAGAGAACACACAUUCUAACUGUCAUCAUAACUUUAAUUAACAACAGAACGACCACCACCCGAUGAAUAGGAUGCAUUCAAAACACUUUGUUUUACUACAGAUCCCAAACCCUGAAGACGAUUGGUUUUAUUUAUUUUUAAGGACCAUUUUAAUAUCAGCUGGAUCUAUUUCAGGACCAUUAGGAUGUAUUGCAUUAUAAUAUGAAGGGAUUUAUUUGGGGGGAGCACCUUCCCGCAGAUGCAUAGGCACAGAUUUUUUUUAAUGUAUUUUUUAUUUUUUUAUUAUUAUUAUUAUUAUUAUUAUUUAUUUCUUAGCAGACGCCCUUAUCCAGGGCGAUUUACCAUUGUUUCAAGAUAUCACAUUAUACAUUAUUUCACAUUAUACAGAUAUCACAUUAAUUUUACAUACAGUUACCCAUUUAUACAGUUGGGUUUUUACUGGAGCAAUCUAGGUAAAGUACCUUGCUCAAGGGUACAACAGCAGUGUCCCCCACUGGGGAUUGAACCCACAACCCUCCGAUCAAGAGUCCAGAGCCCUAACCACUACUCCACACUGCUGCCUGGGGUAGGGUAGUCCCGGAUUAGUGCUAAUCAGGGUCUGUGAAGUCAGUCCUUAUCUAUCGCUCUUUUCUUGAAUUGUGUGACACGUGUGUGUAUUGAAAGGAAAAAUAAUGCGUGUUAGUCCAGCCACUUAUUUGUUUUGUAUGUGUUCUACCCUCCACAGUUGUGAUCUAGACAUCAGUAAAGUGCCCUGCAGAUGAAAUAUAAUUGCAGAAUAAUGUAAUUUAAAAUAAAACACUGUGACAUUGUUUACUAA